AUGGAUUUUUCAGCCCAUUUCUCACAGGAGAACAUCCCAUUCGGCAUUGCAUCUUCUGCCAAACAUCAGGACCCUCAAGCUGUUACGAGGCUAGGGAACACGGUGCUAUUCCUCGCUGACCUACAGGACAAUGGAAUUUUUAGUGGUCUUCCAAAGGGUGUAUUUAAGCAAGGCACACUAAACGAAUUUGCUGCGCUCCCGAGAUCCAAAUCUGUGGACGUUCGCAAAACAAUUCGAGGUGUAUUUCGUCAGGAUGGUAUUGGAGGGUUCCCUCCCACAGCUCAAGAGGAUGUAUCAUUGGUUACAAUGCAUCUUCCUGUUGAGAUAAAGGACUUUUCAGACUUCUCCUGCUCUCUUGAACACGUAACAAACGCAGGACGAAUUGUCGUCGGCAGCACACAGCCGCCCCCUUCAUUCUUCAAAUUUCCUAUUGGAUACCAAGGCCGCACGAGUUCCAUCGUGGUUUCUGGAACCGACAUUGAGCGUCCCAUGGGACAGUUCCGGGAUAAGUCUGUCACGGAUCCCCUCAGCUCGAAGGCCAUCAUUUAUGGGCCUUCGAAGCAGGUCGACUACGAAGUCGAGCUGGCGGCAAUUGUCGGAAAGCCGCUGCCAAUGAAGCAGAGACUUAACGCUGAGGAUGCUGAGGAGCAUAUUUUUGGCUUUGUCAUACUCAAUGACUGGAGUGCUCGUGAUAUCCAAGGGUUUGAGAUGAACCCACUGGGACCAUUUAACGGCAAGAGCCUUGGUACUUCUAUAUCCCCAUGGGUAGUCACACUCGAGGCUUUGGAACGUUUCAAAACCGGCGUUUCUCCACAGCAGGAGUCGUUGGUUUCGUAUCUACGAUACUCCAAGCCUUCAACUUACUCCAUCACCAUGGAAGUCGAGAUCCUAACCAGCUCAACUGCUACAAAGACUGGCGUUUGUCCUGUGAGCUCUCUGUACUGGAGCCCACCUCAGCUCCUGGCACAUGCCGUGAGCUCUGGUAGCGCGCUCAGGACCGGCGACAUCUUGGCAACGGGCACAGUCAGCGGCCCCACUGAUGGAAGUCAUGGCUGCUUACUCGAGACGACAGAAGGCGGCACGAAGCCUUUGAUUCUAAGCGAUGGAUCGCGCCGUACAUAUCUCGAAGAUGGGGAUGUUGUGCGGAUCACUGCUGUGGCAGAAGAAGCUUCGUUAGGUGUUGGAUUUGGUGAAUGUAUUGGUCGAUUAACGUCAAGCCGUCCGACUUAG